AGCGAGGCAGCCAAGUGGAGCCGCUAAAGCUUUUGCAGACAGACACACACACACGCAAGAACAGCAGUACAACACAAAUACGCACGCCAUGCUGCGUAUUCCUGCCACAGCGGGCCUGCUGCGCCGCACACGACUGCUGCUGGCCUACAACAAAUCCAGCGGCUAUCGCUGGAGUCCCAUUCCGAAGCCGCCGCCUGCGCACUAUGACCGACUCUACGGUGUACACGCUGUCUUGAAUACUUUGCGGGUGGCGGCGGCAGCGGCUCAGCAGCAGCAGCGGAACGCGCUGUCUUCCGCAGGUUCUUCCGAUGCUCCGGCAGAAGCUGCAGGGAAGGGGAAGGAGAGCAGGGAAGGUACAGCAGAAGCUCAUAGCAGCCAGCGCACGGCAUUAUCGUCUGCAGCGGCGUCGAGCCCGCACGUUGGCGGCCCCUCCUCAUUGCAUCCCCACCGUGGCCACUUGUCGUGUCUGUACGUGCGUGAUUUCAGCCUGGAGGAGGAGGAGGAGGACGGAAGCAACGGCAAGCGUGGCCGAUCUGCGCACAAGACGGUGAGCGUGGCAGGCAGAAGGAGGAGGAAAGAGAAGGUGAUCCCUGCGCGGUACACCGCCGUGCGCUGCAUCGCCGCUCUCGCCAAGUCGCUCGAGGUGCCGAUCCGAUUUGUGCCUCGAAGCGAGUUGGUGCAGCUGUGCGGGGAGCGGCGCAAUCAAAACGUGGUGCUGGAGGCCUCCACCUACGCCCCGCUCGAAGUGGGACGCCUCGCCGACGUCUGGCGACGCAGCACCGACGGCGCUGAGGACACUCAGGUGGAAGGCGGCAGCGACAGCAGUGCCCCGAGUUUGAAGUCUGCCUCCGCCUCGACACGCAGGGAGCUGGUCCUUUUCUUGGACCGCAUUCUCGAUCCCACCAACGUCGGCGGCAUCCUGCGCACCGCCUUUUUCUUCGGCGUCGACCACGUUAUUCUGAGUCGGGACUGUGCCGCAUGCACUCGCGACGGUGUCCCGCACCAGCACCGGAUUCUUGGAACACCUACACGUGCAUCGCGCUACGGUGCCGACCGCAGACUUCUUGCGCAUCUCGCGGAUGGACGGCGGUGA